CGGCUAAGCAGUGAACUCAGUGUAAUCAGCUGGCUAAGACUGAAAGGCAACUUUUUACUUUAUUAGGGAAAAAGCAUGCUUUGUAGAGGAUUCCAACAGAAUUAUUCAGAAGGUGAUAACAGAGUGUGAGAAGACCAUACCCAUGGCAGGCCCAAAUGUCAGCAAGAAGUCAGAUUUUAAUUGCAUGGAGUGACAGCUGUCCUCACGUUAAAGUGAAUGAGACAAGGGAAUAAUCACUGGACAGUCUGAAUGAAAAAGAGCAAGGACACUGACAGAAUUUCAGGUUUUCAUUUGAUAUUUCAGUUUAAAAAUGAGAAAUCUAAACAAUUCUUGGAGAAUGGACUAAUUAUGGAUACAGUGAAUAGUAAUUUUAUCAGGAAAUAUUUAAUCUGCUGCAACGGGUUUUGAGAGUUAAAAGAAUGAAUGUGGACAGUGAUGGUAUGGAUGACAUCAUCAGUGAAGUAUCUCUAUUGGAGAUGGAGGGGAAUUAUAGAAAGGCUCAGAAAAAUGAGAGAGAAUCUAUCAGGCAGAAAUUGGCACUUGGAAGUUUCUUUGAUGAUGGCCCAGGAAUUUAUACCAGCUGUAGCAAAAGUGGCAAGCCAAGUCUUUCUUCUCGGCUACAAAGUGGGAUGAACCUGCAGAUUUGUUUUGUAAAUGACAGUGGUAGUGACAAGGAUAGUGAUGCAGAUGACAGCAAGACUGAAACAAGCUUGGAUACACCUUUGUCUCCAAUGAGCAAGCAAAGCUCUUCAUACUCUGAUAGAGACACUACUGAAGAGGAAUCUGAAUCUCUAGAUGACAUGGAUUUUCUCACUAGACAAAAGAAACUGCAAGCUGAAGCGAAAAUGGCUUUGGCUAUGGCAAAACCAAUGGCCAAAAUGCAAGUAGAGGUGGAAAAGCAGAACAGGAAAAAAUCCCCAGUAGCUGAUCUUCUGCCACAUAUGCCUCAUAUAAGUGAGUGUUUGAUGAAAAGAAGCUUAAAACCGACUGACCUGAGAGAUAUGACUAUUGGGCAGCUACAAGUGAUAGUUAAUGAUCUCCACUCACAAAUAGAAAGCUUGAAUGAAGAAUUGGUGCAGCUGCUUCUUAUUCGAGAUGAAUUGCACACAGAGCAGGAUGCAAUGCUGGUAGACAUUGAAGACUUGACCAGACAUGCUGAAAGUCAGCAGAAGCACAUGGCAGAGAAAAUGCCAGCAAAAUAAAGCAAGAAGCCAUCAGACUACAGAAUAAACUAGCAUUUAUUUUGUUUCUAUGGAUGUACAUAUGCUGAUGUUCAAGGUGGCGCACAAGAAAAUGAGUGUUAGUCAUUGAUCAUGUCUGAAGCUUUAUGUCCAGUGAUUGGCCUCUGCUCCUUAAUUUAUUUUAAUUUUUUACUUGUGCCACUAAAUAUCAGGCAUUGUAAUAAUAUUAUUACAAAAAUGUACAGUACUUAUGACAUUACAAACCAUGGAUAAGAAGAAAAGGUAAUUUACCUUCAUUUUUGUUUGUUUAGAGAUUUUAAGUUCAACAGUAUUUUACCAUUGACUAUUUUUUAUUCUUCACUGUAGUUUUAAACAAAGAAACUGUAAUUAACGGUGCUAUACAAGUAAAAAAAAAGAGGAA